AUGGAAGGACCCAGGGUUGUUCUGAACGACUUGAACCACUUCCCAUCUGAUGACCGCCGUGAUAUNNNNGGGAGGGUCCUCUCCAUAUGGUCCCAUGUUGCGUGUAUGCUGACGGACCCAGGAACGGUAGUAAGCUUGUUUCGCAGUUCCAGCGGAAAUACGGCGCCUAAACGACGGUAUUGUAAGCGAUGUAACAUCCCCAAACCUCCACGAGCACAUCACUGCAGCACGUGCAAAAGGUGCGUGCUGAAGAUGGACCAUCAUUGUCCCUGGGUUAACAAUUGUGUCGGAAAAUGCAACCAAAAACACUUCAUGCUGUUUCUACUGGGCAAGAUCCUGGCGGAUCCGCUGACAAGAGGGGUGAGGCCAGCAGGGAAAAGUAUUGCGGUUUUCGAUGAUUCUGUCGAGCGCGACCUGCAGCCGGACAUGUACUUUCCGGCGGCUCCUACUCCUACUGAAGAAAAGAAGUACAGAAGAGACUACGAGCCUGGCAAGAUGAAUGUACAUUGGGGAAUGGUCGAUUUGGAACGAGAGACGGACCCCAAGGAUAUCAUUCACGGCAUCAAGUCGCUUACCGGAGAAAACGCUGAGAAGACUAUGAAAGCCCAAGAGAGAGUGGGUGUUGAAGCUUACAUGGACGAGUGUGCUGAGCAAGUGUAUGCCUCUACCAAGCGGGAGCCUUUGGGGAAGGCCUAUAUACGGGGACACGAGUUGCCAGAAGUCACUAAGGCGAUCUCGUUCAAGGGCUUUGGCUUCAAGCCCCCAGAUUCGGAAUUCAAUGCCAAGGAGAGUAUCUUCCCCGUUGAUGUUGCUAGAGAGGAGACGCCUGCUGUACAGGAGAGAUACCGAUUCACUCACAACGACUAUCGGUGUGGGGAGAUGAUCAGUCGUGACUACGAAUGGCCGGAAGAGACGGAGAAUUCCUACUUCCGAUUUGGGAAGACAGAGAAGGCUAAGCUGCCAGCUGGAGAAGGGGCGAAGCAGGCUUUGAUUUGGAACCCCGCGAACGAGAAGACUAGAAUAGUGGGCUUGCGGGCUGAGGCAGCGCGGGAGGUUCUCAAUGAACCUCUUGGUGAGACAAAGAAUCUCAUGCAGGGUCCGCUGCCUGUGCCCGAAGGAUUCGUGUUUGGCGUUAAGUCUGGCACUGUAAAAGCUAGCUCCACUGACAAUAUCACGGCAGCUGACUGCAUACAUUAUAACGCUUCUAACGAAAAGGAAAUUCUACCCGAUGCGGACCUUGGAAAAUGUAUGAAACGUGGCAAGCGGAACGUCACAGACGAACUCCGUCAUUUCGGUCGCCCUAGCAUCAGGACUGAUAUUCCGAAAUUCGAGUCAAUGGGUGUCACAGAUGAGCAGUUCUUACAGCGCAGAUCCAAGGAUGAAUUGCGUUCGAUCGUGCAGUUGGUAUUGCCAACCAAGUAUGCACCUGAUAACGAGUCAAAGAACAUCCUGUUCGAGAAGCUUUGGCCCGAGGCCGUUGCCGUGUAUGGGGAUGAGGAGGAACUUGCCUCUCUGGACAGUUUCUUCUACGUCUUCACUCAACUGGUCGUAAAGCCUCGAAUGAAGAAAGAGACGAGUAUGGCCUGA